CCAAUUUCCCAAUUCUGACACAAGUCAUCAUUAUCUCUCUCUCUUUCCAUCUCUCAUUCUCAUUCUCUCUCUGUCUCUGUAUCCGUUUGUGUGUGUAUAUAUACACACACACAUUGUUGUGCCUGUCCUCCAUCCUUUUACUGUGCUGCAAAAAGCAAAAGAAAGGCUGUGACACCUCUCCACUGCCCCUCUUUCUUAUCUUCUCUUCCGUUUUCUCUGUUUUGCUUUCGCCCCAGAAAUUUUUUUCAGGAUUCUUGGCACUCUGGUUGGUUUCCUGGAAAGUGACUCUUUUUUUUCUCUCGCUCUUUCUCAGAAAAUGGGGGAGAAAGAUGAUGGGUCGGGUUUGGGUUUGAGUCUGAGCUUGGGACUUGGAAUGAAUCAGUCUCCUUCUUUGAAGGAAUCUCUUAUGCAGAAACCUUCUCGGAAUCUUCCGAAUCAAAGAACUUCCUGGAAUGAUAUUUUCUUCCAGCUUCCUGAUCGGAGCUGCGAGGCGAGAACGUUGCCCCGGGGUGUGGAUAUAAAUUUGGCGCCGCCAUCAACAGUGGUGGUGGACUGCGACGACGAGAAUGGCGUCUCCUCGCCGAACAGUACUGUGUCGAGCAUCAGCGGAAAACGGAGCGAGAGAGAGUCGAUUGGCGGUGAGCACGAAGCCGAGCGUGCUUCAUGUUCUCGUGGGAGCGACGAUGAUGACGGCGGCGCCGGCGGCAGGGACGUAGACGGCGACGGCGACGGAGACACAUCGAGGAAGAAGCUCCGGCUGUCGAAGGAACAAUCGAUUGUGCUGGAAGAAACGUUCAAGGAGCACAAUACCCUCAAUCCAAAGCAAAAACAGGAAUUGGCAAAACAGCUGAAUCUGAGGCCGAGGCAAGUGGAAGUGUGGUUUCAGAACAGGAGGGCAAGGACCAAGUUGAAGCAAACUGAAGUGGACUGUGAGUACUUGAGGAGAUGUUGUGAGACUCUAACUGAAGAGAAUAGGAGGCUGCAAAAGGAAGUGCAAGAGCUUAGGGCUCUAAAACUAUCCCCACAAUUCUACAUGCACAUGAACCCUCCCACUACUCUCACAAUGUGCCCUUCGUGCGAGCGUGUCGCGGUCUCAUCAACAUCCUCGGCCUCAUCAGUGGCGGCCGCCGGAACUCCUCCGGCAAUAGCUCCGUCUAACUCCGCCCCAUCGAGCUCUAGCAUUCAAAGGCCGGUUCCUCUCCUCCCCUGGGUGGCUAACUCAAAUCGAAACCGGCCAGUCGACAGCCUGAAUCCCCGGCCAUAGACUCUUUACUAAUUUUCAAGGUUUUGGUAACUCCCUAAUGAAGAAGACAAGGUCAUUUUGGUUUGAAAGAAAAGGUAGGAAAAAAAGUUGUUAAUGCAAUUAGAAUGAUUUUUAGUCCUAAUUUCAAGUAAUGUUGCAGUUGAGUAUGAGAGAGACAUGGGGAAAUAUGUAUGGAGUUUUAUUGUAUCUUUUUAUAUAUAUUUUUUUCCUUUUUUC